GUGGAGGGGGCUUCUGAAGAGUCCUGGGGGUGUGACAGAAUAAGGUUCUGAGAGGGAGGCGCCGGUGGCUCGACUCGAUCUGGGAAGACAUGCCUCAAAAGAGAAAAAGAUGACAUAGUUAUCUCUGAAAAAAAUCUUCUGCUGACUCAACUUUUCCCGGAAAAAUGGGCCAUUUCCACCACAUGGGGAUGAGCAUGGGGAUGAGCAGUGGGGAUGACAACAGUACCAUGGCACCUUCUCACCAUCACCUGACCUCUUCAGCCUCCCACUCCCAUGAUCACAUGAUGAUGAUGAUGCCUAUGACCUUCUACUUUGGCUUUAAGAACGUGGAACUAUUGUUCUCUGGUUUGGUGAUCAAUACAGCUGGAGAAAUGGCUGGAGCUUUUGUGGCAGUGUUUCUACUAGCCAUGUUCUACGAAGAACUCAAGAUAGCCCGAGAGGGCCUCCUGCACAAGUCACAAGUCAACAUUCGGUACAAUUCCAUGCCUGUCCCAGGACCAAAUGGAACCAUCCUUAUGGAGACCCACAAAACUGUUGGGCAACAGAUGCUGAGCUUUCCUCACCUUCUGCAAACAGUGCUGCACAUCAUCCAGGUGGUCAUCAGCUACUUCCUCAUGCUCAUCUUCAUGACCUACAACGGCUACCUCUGCAUUGCUGUAGCGGCAGGGGCUGGCAUGGGGUACUAUCUCUUCAGCUGGAAGAAGGCAGUGGUAGUGGACAUCACAGAACAUUGCCAUUAACGUCUAACUCUAUGGUGUGGCCUUAUCGAUUGCAGUGGAAAGCAGUUCAAGACUGGAAGACAGGAUUCCAAUCUUCUCUUCUUGCUCCUUAUCUACACACACACACACAC